GUAAAACCCUAGACUGCAGCUGCUGCGAAGAUGAAGAUCGAGAAGUGGAGAUAUCUUCCGGUAGAGAUUAUGACUGAGAUACUCACAUGGUUACCAGUGAAAUCCAUCUUGAGAUUCAGGCUGAAAGAAGAUAUCGAGUAUUUGAGGCCAGUACUGUCUUUAAAGAACGGUGAUAUCUUAUUAUUCGGUCAGCCUUUAAUCCAGUUAACCCAGUAUGACGGGGAUUUAAUCUUGUAUAACCCAAUGAGCCGAACAGCUAAGUUCGUGGAUACAAGUGGUUAUCAAAUAUUGGAAGCUGUGCAAACAUACGUUGGUAGUCUGGUUUCAGUUAAUUCAAUUUGCAAUGCAGGCCAAGAAGAUGUAGAGCAGCCAAGUGGUUAUCAAAUAUUGAACCCAGUGCUAAUAGACGUUUGAUGAGAGCAUGUUUUGUAGAAGCAUAAUGUCCCUGCAUACAUCUUUUUGGCAAAAGAAGCAGAAAACUAGAUCCAUCUCUGUAUGCCUAUCCUUGUGAGCAGCACCUUCGUGGAUGACUUUUUGGUAUGUGUUUUACUUCUGCUGUCUGUUCUCCUUGGUUUGUUAUCAUCUAUCAACUCACCUUAUGUUAAUUUAAGGACUGUAUGUUACUUCUGUUCUGCUCAUUGUAUAAAGUAGUUCUAUUUUCAUAGACAACAUCUCCAUGCUUACCGUAAAACAUGUUAAUAACUUGAAAUGAAGCGCCAUCAGAUUAUGGGACAAUAUGACCUCCUAUUCUCAUAAAAAGUAUUUCGGGGUUAGCUUUGUUUCUCUUUGUUCACUAGAGAUUAAGUGCGAUAGAAAUAUAUUGCUGGUUUUCUUACUGAUCCGCUUCAAAACAAGUCUCGUUGUAUUUUCUUACGCUGACAAUAAAAUAUGGAAUCUCAACAUUCGACCCAAAAUCUGUUUUCUUUUUCUUUGGGUAGCUAUUUUUUUCU